CGCAGGACCAAAGCCAUGUCGUCGUUCUUGCCUGCUCUGUUCUCUCUAAGUUCACUCUCUGUCUCUGUCUCUGCUUCUGUCCCCCCCUCUCUCACUACUAUGAAGCAAAACAAGCUCUGAAUUCCAUCUUACCCGAAGACCCAGUAGUAGUCUUUGUUGGAUUUCGCAUUUGGUUCCUGAGUGAGAAGGAAGACAUAGAAGAGAAAGUCUCAAAAUCGCACAUCAUCGUACAACAACCAAGGCCAAGAUGAUACCAGGAUCGAACAGAAACUUUGAGGAUCACCACCCCAUGUAUCACCAUCAGAUACGAGGAUCGAACAGAAACUUUGAGGAUCGUCGCCGGACGUAUCGCCAUCGCCAUAACCAUCGCCAUCUUCGAAGCCCCAGAAGAGGAUCAUUACGGGUGCUCGAAUGGAAGAGAAGCUCAGGAGAACAUAGUCAGAAGAGAUAUUGGGAUCAUUUUGAGUCGCAUCGUUCAGAAAUAAGGCGACAAGAGGAUGUGAGGGAAAUACCCCAGUCGAAUUAUAGCAUUGAACGUUCAGAAAAUUUCUAUAGGAAGCCUUAUAAGCGAGUGCGUGCUUCCGAGAGCAUUCCCCAAAUGCCUCGACCUAUCUACUCGUCAAGACGAAAAAGGUUCGGCUCUGAUUCUUUGCGUGAAUCGGCAAACAACAAAAAUAAUUCAUAUGAUUCGGAUUCUGAAAUAAUAGCGAAUGAUAGAGUCAGCAGAGUUUUAUCUGGGGCUGAUAAUGGGUUGUCUGAGGAGAAAAAAGAGCAUAUCCGAAUAUCUCAAGUUGACAGGAAAAAAGACUUCGUCUACAUUGACAGAAUCGAUGGAAAACGAACAAAUGUGCUUCAAGGUCUAGAGCUUCAUACCCGGGUUUUCAAUACCGAGGAGCAGAAGGAGAUUGUGGAAUGUAUCUACGAGUUACAAAGAAAGGGGCAAAGGGGGCUGCUGAGAGAGCGUACAUAUUCAGAACCUAGAAAGUGGAUGCGCGGCAAAGGACGCGUGACGUUACAAUUUGGCUGCUGCUACAAUUAUGCAGUGGAUAAAUAUGGGAACCUUCCAGGCAUUAUAAGAGGGGAAGAAGUGGAUCCGAUACCGCCAUUGUUUAAGCAAAUUAUCAAGAGGAUAGUCAGGUGGAAUGUCAUGCCCCCAACAUGCAUCCCUAACAGCUGCAUUGUGAAUAUAUAUGAAGAAGGCGAUUGCAUUCCCCCUCACAUUGAUCAUCACGACUUUGUUCGACCCUUUUGCACUCUUUCCUUACUGUCAGAAUGCAACAUAGUUCUUGGGUCGACUUUGAAGAUUGUGGGACCUGGAGAGUUUUCAGGGCCUGUCUCUAUACCUCUGCCUGUCGGGUCAGUGUUUGUUCUAAAUGGUAAUGGAGCUGAUGUUGCUAAACACUGUAUUCCAGGUGUCCCAACAAAAAGGAUUUCCAUAACUUUUAGGAAAAUGGAAGACAGCAAACUACCCUACAAGUUUUUGCCCGACCCUGAGUUAACUGGAUUGAAGCCUCUUAUACAUUCGAGGUCACAGAUCCAACAUGACCGUCAUGGAAAGAGUCUGUGAGGCAACAAAGCCAGAUCAAGGAAAUGGAUUUUCUUUUUAUUUUAUUUUUUUAAUCAGUUUAAUCAUUGGGUUCAAACAAUUUGGAAGAUUGAAUUUGUUGGUGUAUGGAAUGGGUUAUUCUUAUUAACCUCAUGUGACUUGUUGCCUAGAAAAUGAACAGUCUGUUUUUCCUCUUU